UAAAUAAUUGUAAAAAAAAAAAUUAUGUACCAUCUUUUAUUUAUGUGAAGAUCAUUACCGAAGUUGAUGUACCAGAACUCCAGCUGUUAGCGUCAAACUUGAAGCCUGAAGAAUGUGUCAAACUUGUAUCCUUAGGUUCUAAUUCUCCUUUAUCGGAAACGCAGAUACAAAAAUUAGCCCGAGAUCAAAACUGUUUUCGAAGACUCGUAAAAUGGAUAUGCCAAUUGAGAACGGUUACAAGGAACACGUAUCCGAUUUUGAACGAUCAUCUUAAACGAAUCGGAAGAAGAGAUUUGGUCGCAUGUCUCGCAGAAUUCAGUAUGAAAACUACGAAUGCUCCAAAAGUGAUUCGUCAAGUUCAACCUAUUGGAGACUAUGAUGAAUAUCAACCACCGAAUACAACGCCAAAACCUAAGUUCCCGAAACAGAUCGAAAAAAUCAGGCUUACCACUUUCACAUUGUCGGUGCAAACUGCAACAAUCAUUGUUAUUUCAAUUAUAUUAAUUACAUGUUGUUGCACUCUGUUUAUAAAGAAAAAAUUCGGGCAUCUGUUUGAUCGAUUACGAGGAAAGAAGAAAAAAGGUAAAUUGAUCAUGAUCGAAGAAGAGGGAGGAGAUAUAUCUAGAAGUUACUUUCUUCGAAAGCCACGAAGGAAAAGGAAAAGGGCGCCAUCAUACGAAAUGGUGCACACUGCCACACAAAACGUUGCAGUUCCUGUGACGCCUGCGAAAGAAGUGGAAGAGACAACGAAGUCACCAGGUUGCCAAAGAUGUUUCAAGAAGAAACGAAAGAGAACAGCGAAAAGACCGCAUAGAUAAAGCGUGUAAUUAAAAAAAUGUGUUGAAUAUAUUAAAUUCAACACACGAAUUGUAUAAAGCUCUCAAAUGUUCACACCUGUAAUUUUAUUUUAUAUUAAAUAUACUGAAUUAUCGGAGUAUAUCUGUAUAAUGUUAUAAAAACGAGAAUAUUAGAAAAUCAUGAAAAUGUUUAA